CACAGAUCAAACAGAGCUGAAAGAUAAACAUCUGAUCCGAUAUCUUUGCCCUCAGAUGCACCUCAGUGGAAAAUCAGAAAACCCUAGAAAUAACAUGCUCUCCCGCUACCUGUGCCAACGUCAAGGCACCGCAAGUGCCCGUUAGCGGGGGACUGUUGAUCCUAGUCGCUCUUAUCGCAGAUCUGUCUAGCCAGCGACCAAGACAUCUCACAUUGGGGACAAGAUGUUUUCAUCUGCUUUCAAAACCUUCACCUCCAAUAUUACAUCCGCCUAUGAGAUAUCCAAACAGCCUUCCGCCACUGUAGGCGUCUGGACAAUCUACGAUGCCAAGAAAAAGACCACAUCCUCACAGGCUUCGGUUUUUGUGUUUGACCGGAAAGCCCUCGACGUUAGUAGCGGCGGCUUCGGCGCCCGCGCGAGUUCGACUUCUAUACGCAAAGCCCAGGAAGAGGUCUUGGAGCGACUAAAGAAGGAGGCCAGCAGUCUCGCCCGACUCCGACAUCCCUCCGUUCUUCAAUUGGUAGAGCCCGUCGAAGAGACUCGCAGUGGUGGUCUCAUGUUUGCCACCGAGCCUGUCUUGUGCUCCCUUUCAGCUGCCCUCGCCCAAAAAGACUCUCGCGGUGGACGGAGCGGCAGAGGAGUAUCCAGAUCCAUUUCUGAGGAUGGCUCCACCUCGAAGGCCAUGAAAGACAUCGAGAUCGAUGAGCUGGAGAUCCAGAAAGGUCUUCUUCAGGUGGCAAAAGGUCUGGAGUUCCUUCACGACAGUGCCAAGCUCGUCCAUGGCAAUCUGACCCCCGACGCCAUCAUCAUCAAUGCAAAGUCGGACUGGAAGAUUUCAGGCUUGUCAUUUGCAGGACCUCCUGAUGGUGCAGAAGGCCAUCAACCCGUUCCUCAGAUUUCUCUCUCUGAGGUGCUGUACCAUGACCCUCGACUGCCUCAAACUGUUCAACUGGACCUCGAUUAUACGUCGCCCGACUUUGUACUAGACUCCAACAUCAAUUUCCUCGCCGAUAUCUUUUCCCUGGGUCUUGUCAUUCUGGCGUGCUACAGGGAGCCCCAUCGAUCACCUGUCGAAACGCAUGGCAACCAGUCAACAUACAAGAAGAUAUUUAGCAACGCAUCCACUGUGCCAUCAAGUUCAAACAAUUACCUCUCGGAGAAUAAACUUCCACGCGAGUUGAACGUCACCUUGCCUCGUAUGCUAACAAGACGACCGGCGCAGCGUCUGACAGCCAGCGAAUUCCAGCAGUCGGAUUAUUUUGACAACAUCCUCGUCAACACCAUGAGAUUCCUCGAUGCUUUUCCAGCCAAAACUCCUGCGGAGAAAACCCAGUUCAUGAAAGGCCUGGGCCGAGUAAUGCCGCAAUUUCCUCCAUCAAUCCUGGGAAAGAAGAUUCUCGGUGUUCUACUGGACGAAAUGAAAGACCGAGAUCUACUGCCUCUUAUAAUGCAGAAUGUUUUCGAAAUAGUCAAGGUCAUCCCCUCAAGCAAAGAGGCUGUUUCCAAUCUGAUCAUUCCACGAAUGCGCGAGACGUUCCUCAGCAAACCCAAGGCCGAUGAGAGAGAUAGUAGUAAAGAGGCUGCGCUAGUCUCUGUGCUCAACAACAUACAGCUGAUUGCUGACAACUGUUCCGCCAAGCAAUUCAAAGACGACAUUCUACCAAUUGUGCAUGUUGCCAUGGAAUCAUCCAUACACACCUUGACAGACGCUGCUUUGCAAAGUCUGCCAGUAAUUCUUCCUCUGAUUGACUUCACCACUGUCAAGCAUGACCUAUUUCCGGUGGUGGCCAAUGUCUUCAGCAAGACGAACAGCCUCAGCAUCAAAAUUCGUGGUCUCGAAGCUAUUGGUGUUUUGUGUGGCGUUACUACGACAAACACAACGUCGCAAAGAGAAGAUUAUUCCGGCGCCGAUCGGCAAGAACGACAAGAUAAAAAUAUAUCUAGCCUCGACAAAUUCACCAUGCAAGAAAAGGUGGUGCCAUUACUCAAAGCCAUCAAAACGAAGGAGCCCGCCGUGAUGAUGGCGUCCCUGAAAGUUCUGCGCCAGAUUGGUCAAACAGCCGAUACCGAGUUUCUGGCACUAGAGAUCAUGCCAAUCUUAUGGACCUUCAGUCUUGGGCCAUUGCUCGAUCUGGGUCAGUUCAGGUCAUUUAUCGAUGUCAUCAAGUCUCUUACUGCCAAAAUUGAGCGGGAGCAAAUGAGAAAGUUAGGGGAGCUCUCUACGAGCCAGCCUACAGAAACUCGAUCAGCUGGUAUAGCACAGUCAUCAAGCCUCAGUCCCAUGAAUGGACCCUUUGCAACCACUGGGACCGAGGACAAUUUCGAAAAACUUGUCUUGGGCAGCAAGGCACAAGAGCGACCUGAUCCAUUCGCAGGUGCGCUUACCGAUGGUGAAAGGCUGACUCAAAAUCCUCCAACCUUUUCCUGGUCUUCCACUGCCACACAGGGUGGAAAUGUCGUUCAAUCGCAACCAGCGACCAGCAUACCAGCAUUGCGCCCACAGCCUUCCUUCCGCUCCAUUACGCCAGACGUCAGUAUUUCUGCCUUUCCCACCCUACAGCCUGUCUCUCAGCCACUUGCGUCUAGCACUAUGUCGCCAUCUCCGUGGGGAGCUCCCCUUCAACCUUCAAGCCGGCCGGUUAGUCAGCGGCGACCCUUGCCGUCCACGAAUGCUUCUUCUGGCUUUCAAACAUCGCAGCAGGCGUGGCAAACUUCAAGUAAUCUGAGCAGUCCUCCUUUGUCACCGCCUCCCCCGACUAAUAGCCCAUGGCAACUGCCACCUCCUCCAGGAUCUCAAACUUCGUGGUCGGCAGGCGUGCAACCGCCACCGCAGAGCAACAUGCAAAGGACAACGUUACAGCAGCCUAAUUACAGCAGUCUUGGCUCAACGAUGCAACAACCUGCCAGCAAUCCAAUGAGCACUAUGCUUCCCACGAAUAUUGCCGGACGACCGGCUCAACAGCAACAGAAGACCGGGCUAGACAAGUAUGAAUCUUUGCUUUGAGGUGCACGACUCUUGGAGAUGGCGGUAGCUGCCCCGUCGUCGGCGGAAUAAGCAUUUGCACGAUUUCGGCAUCUUUGAAUGAUAAGGAGAGUGAGGACGUUCCUGGGUCAUUAGGAUACGGGCCACGUUGGGUCCUUUCGUCAUCUACAAAGGGGUUGGGAAUGAUGGCUAGGACAUGAUAUGAACCGAGGGUUUAUCACGUCGGAAAUGUGCUCGAAUGAAGUUAUAUAGACUUAUGUUGGGUUGGAAGCUCCCUUGCGGCAUGAACAGGGUAACGAGUUAGUGAGGAUAUUUUGCAUAAUAGAUUGCUAGGUGUUGACUUU